AAGGUAAGGUGCGCUGCAACGGGCGGGUUAGAUGACCGAAGACCGAAGAAGCGAGUGAGCCACGACUGGGCUUGCGCUAGGGAAGAGAAUCAAAUGGCUCAGAUAAAGAGUGGACUGAGCAGUGAAGCGUCGAUAGAAAAAUAGAUCAAAACCUAGUUUUAAUUAGAAUAGAUUUGUCCACGCUAACUAUACAAAAAAUUGUUUAUUUUGGUGUGUACCUAAACCUAUGUAUAAGGGGUUAAAAAAUUGAGGUGGGGCCAUGGCCCACCUUGCCCACCCCUUGGAUCUGCCACUGCAUGCGGUGGUUCGACCAGAUCCAUCUCACACCCUUAUCCUCUUUACGCCUCACCACUACAGAGAAAAAGAGAAACCUGCGAGCGACGGGGACUAUGGCCGCCACCCGCACCGCCCUGGCCCUGCUAGGGCACGAGGGCAUGGAAUCUGGGCCCAGGCCGGCGGCGCCGCGCCGCAGCAGGCUACGCGUCGUCGCCGUCGCGCUGCGGACCAGGCCCACCAGCCUCGCGGCCCCGGGUCUCCCGCCCGCGGCGCCGGAGCCCGUGCUGCCGUCGCCGCCCGUGGCCGCGGGCGCCGCGGCGGUGCUGCUCGAGGCGGGCGUGCCGCCUGCCGACCUCCGGCGCGCGGCGGGGAUGUGCCCGGAGCUGCUGUCCGUGUCCGCGGAAGCCGUCGAGGCCGCGCUCCGGUUCCUCACGGAGGAGGCGGGCGUCGCCGAGGCCGACCUCCCGCGCGUGCUCCGGCGGCGCCCGCGCCUGCUCGUGUCUCCCGUGGCGGCGCGGCUGCGGCCCACGCUCUACUUCCUGCGCGCGCUCGGCGUGCCCGACCUGCACCGCCGCGCCGACCUGCUGUCCUUCUCCGUGGAGGGCAAGCUGCUGCCGCGGCUCGAGUUCCUCGAGUCGCUGGGCCUGCCGGCGCGCGCCGCGCGCUCCAUGGCGCGCCGCUUCCCCGCGCUCUUCGGCUACGGCGUGGAGGGGAACAUGCGGCCCAAGGCGGACUACCUCCUGGGCGCCAUGGCCCGCCGCGCCGACGAGCUGUACGACUUCCCCGAGUACUUCUCCUACGCGCUGGCCACGCGCAUCGUGCCGCGUUACGAGGCCUGCGCCGCGCGCGGGGUCAGCAGGCUGCCGCUUCCCGCCAUGCUCCGCCCCGGGGACGCCAAGUUCCGCUCCACUCUCACCAGCUGCGUCGGGUCCAUGCUGCCCCGGAGGCGGUCGGCGCUGUGGCACGCCACGUGGGUGGAUGACGACGCGGCGGCGGCGGCGGCGGCGAAGGAGACCACGGUGUGACGUGCGCAUUGGUAGCGAGCGAGAGGCUCUUGCCUCUUGGUGGUGUAACAUAUGUCCAUAAGGAUUUGCAUUGGCUGCUUGUAAAGUAUGAUAGCCAUGAUGAAUUAUCUAGUUGGUUCCUCCCAGUGAACAAUGGCACUGUUGGCUAUACUUGCUUAUGCUUAUAUAUAUACAGGUCCCUACGGCCCUACCUA